CUUUCAUGAAGUUGCGUCACCCACAUGUUCUGUUUGAAGUGAAAUAAAUCUGAAAAUAAAUUAAAUAGUUGAUAUUAUUGUGAUAAAAAUGUUGUGCGCUACGCGGGCGAUCGGCCGAAAGGUUUUAGAGCACUCUGGGAUAGGCUCAGAUUAUACACACAGAAAUUUUACCACAAUUCUGAGAAGUGCUGCAGCGCCCACAGUUCCUAUUUACCAGCGAAAUGGAGUGCAGUUCAGAAAUAAGUCAGAUACAGUUCGCGGCGCCGUCAUCGGCAUUGACUUGGGCACCACCAACUCCUGCGUCGCAGUCAUGGAGGGCAAAACGCCCAAGGUAGUUGAAAACAGCGAAGGAUCCCGCACAACUCCCUCACACGUAGCAUUCACCAAAGAUGGCGAACGCCUCGUUGGUAUGCCGGCGAAGAGGCAGGCGGUCACCAACAGUGGCAACACUUUCUAUGCCACAAAACGUUUGAUCGGGCGUCGCUUCGACGACCCUGAGGUCAAGCAGGACAUGAAGAAUCUGUCGUACAAGGUUGUGAGAGCUUCGAAUGGAGAUGCUUGGGUACAGGGCAGUGAUGGAAAAGUGUAUUCUCCGUCACAAAUCGGUGCUUUCGUGCUCAUGAAGAUGAAAGAGACCGCCGAAGCCUAUUUGAACCAACCCGUUAAAAACGCCGUUAUAACCGUACCAGCUUACUUCAACGAUUCGCAGAGACAAGCCACUAAGGAUGCCGGUCAAAUUGCGGGACUUAACGUACUACGUGUUAUCAACGAGCCGACAGCCGCGGCACUCGCCUACGGUAUGGACAAGACCGAUGACAAGAUUAUUGCGGUAUACGACUUGGGCGGUGGUACCUUCGAUAUCUCAGUGCUGGAGAUCCAGAAGGGUGUGUUCGAGGUGAAAUCUACCAACGGCGACACCCUCCUGGGCGGAGAAGACUUCGAUAACGUUAUAGUCAACUUCUUGGUUGACGAUUUUAAGAGAGAUCAAGGCGUUGAUCUCCGAAAGGACGCGAUGGCAAUGCAGCGGUUGAAGGAAGCCGCUGAGAAAGCGAAAAUCGAGCUGUCCGGCUCUGCGCAGACAGACAUCAACCUUCCAUAUCUUACCAUGGAUUCUUCAGGACCCAAGCACAUGAACCUCAAGAUGACCCGCUCGAAGCUGGAGGGGCUGGUGGGCGACCUGAUCAAACGCACCGUGGCGCCGUGCCAGCGCGCGCUGCAGGACGCGGAGGUGCAGCGCAGCGACGUCGGCGAGGUGCUGCUUGUCGGCGGCAUGACGCGAAUGCCCAAGGUCCAAUCUACAGUGCAAGAGAUCUUCGGGCGCGCACCCUCGCGGUCCGUGAACCCUGACGAAGCCGUGGCCGUUGGCGCGGCGGUCCAAGGUGGAGUCCUAGCCGGUGACGUCACGGAUAUCCUUCUACUGGAUGUGACCCCGCUCUCGUUGGGUAUCGAGACCCUAGGAGGAGUGUUCACCAAACUCAUUACAAGAAAUACCACGAUCCCCACUAAGAAAAGUCAGGUCUUCUCGACAGCGGCUGAUGGACAAACACAGGUGGAAAUCAAGGUGCACCAGGGCGAGCGUGAGAUGGCGGCCGACAACAAACUGCUGGGACAGUUCUCGCUUGUUGGCAUCCCACCCGCGCCAAGAGGAGUGCCUCAGAUCGAAGUGACAUUUGACAUCGACGCGAAUGGCAUCGUACACGUGUCAGCUCGCGACAAAGGAACGGGCAAAGAACAACAGAUUAUAAUCCAGUCCUCGGGCGGUCUUUCAAAGGACGAAAUCGAGAAUAUGGUAAAGGCGGCCCAACAGUUCGCGAGCGCGGACAAACAGAGACGUGAACGUGUUGAAGUAUGCAACCAAGCUGAAUCCGUGCUGCAUGAUACCGAAACCAAAAUGGACGAGUACAAGAGCCAACUGCCACAGGACGAGUGUGAUAAAUUGCGUGGCGAGAUAACGAAGCUGCGCGACCUUCUCGCGAAGAAAGAUGCCGUCGACGCGGAGGAGAUCCGCACUGCCACCUCCACGCUGCAGCAGGCCAGCCUCAAGCUCUUCGAACAAGCCUACAAGAAGAUGGCAGCGGAGCGCGAAGGCGGACAAGGAGGCCAGCAACAGCCACCUCCCGGUGAUGAUGUCAAGAAAGAAGAGAAGAACUAAAGCUCGCGCUCGCUAAUCGGACACCGAACGUAACCUGCCAAAUUAUACAUAACCACGCUGCUCUACAUAUGAGAUGUAUGUGUAUCUUGCGCAUACGCAAACAGUACCAGAAGUCAAUUUGGUCUCCAGAUUCAAUAACCUAUCGAAAGUCUCAAAGAUAAGGGUAUAUGGUCAAACCACCUAAAAGUUUACUGGUAACUAUAGCUACUAGACGCGAUACACGCUCAACAUUUGCUGAUAACAAUAGUUAGCAGUAAAUAACGGAUGGGGAAUGGGGAACUGUUUUACCGAUAACUCUAGUGUGGUGACACGUAUUGACACUAAAUUUUUACUAGUAUUUCGCAGUAAUACUUAAUAACCUAGUAUAACAGAACAUCUCUACUAUGCGUAACUAACACAGGGUUAAGUGUCAAAAUUACAACUUGUGGCGCGAUAUUUGAGUUUGAGUGUUUCCUAAAGACUUCUGCUGUGAGUGUAUACCAUUACUAUUUAUGUCACCUAUCAAAAUGAUCGUCAUUUUGUAUUUUUUCUGAUGGCGUUAAAACGUUAACAUUUAAUAUCAUAUUUAUGUCACAAUCUAAAAACAAAAUUGUUUUCAAAGCGGAGGUCAUUGUACUUUGUAAUUGUUCAAAAAAACAAUAUCGCUCAAACACAAAAUUUUAUUCAAUAUAGGUUGAAUUAAAACCAUCUUUAGAUGAUUACAUUGCGAAAUUUGAUACGAUUCGUCAAUUUCCAUUGUCCACGAACUUUUCGCUAUUUCCCGUUGCUGCCCGUGACUGUUUUUAAUUUAUUUUAAAAAUAAUAAAACAAUGUUUUCAUUAUGAUUCUAGUGUUAAUCGUUCUUAAUAAAGUGAAUAUACAAAGUGGUUAGGAGUUAAAGCGUAAAAUACUAUGAAAAUUUUGCAGAAGCGUUUCAAUACACUCGUGAAUUCGAAAAUAAGUCGUCGAUUUACAAUCGUAACUGUAGUCUAAACAAAAGCUAGUUACAUGCUCUUAUCGUCCAUGUUAUUCUUUUUGCCGUAGUUUAAGCGCCCGUGCACACAACACAAUCAAACAAUCUAAAAUUACGUCAUCUGUCAAGGUGACAUUGUGUUCACUCCCAACUGUCGUGUUCAUGGGGCUCUGUCCAAACAUUUUUCAGACAGGACAUUGGCGAAAUCGCCAUUUUUUUUGUAUAAUUUUUAUAAUAAUACUAAACUACCUUACAUAGUUAUUUUUACUUGACAUUGGCAAAAUCAUUGAUUAUUUCGAUGGGGCCAUAACAUUUAAAAAAAGAAGAAACAUUUUUCAAUAUUUUUCAGACUAUUCUGUAUCAUACAAACUAUCAAACACGGCCGAGUGAUUUCUUGUACUGUUUUAUGAUCUCAAAGAGCUACCUAAAUAUAUCUCGGGAACCGGUUUCUCCAGAAAGCCGUCCACACAUCACGGCAAAACAAUAAAUUGCUUUUUUUUAGUUUGUUUUUGUAUAAGUUGUUUAUCACUGAUUGGAGAGACCUUUUUGUUACAUCUUGUAUAAACUACAAUCGGGAGCAUGCGUGUCACUUGUAAGGUGCGAGUAAAUAAGCUAUGUAAAUAAUAUAACUAGGUAUGUGCUUGCUUAAGCACAUUUUGAAAACGAAUAAAUUUGGUAUAAAUAAGACUUCACUUGAAAGAAGUCCUAAUUAUACCAUAGAUAAAUAUUGGACGCAGUAGAAAAAUAAAAAUAGUUUUUGAACCGAUUUUUUUUUGUUCAAAAAACGCACAGUUUUACAUUUCUGCGUGUGCGAUUUGUGUAGUUGUGCGUUUUAUUUUCUAUAGUUGUUAUUUUUAAUUUUAUUCCUCAUAGAUUUACUUCCUGGGAGGUACUACAUGAAGACAUUUUAAUUUAUAUAGUGUCUAUGCACGUUUGUCAGUUUAUUCAUUCAUUAUGUAUACAAUGGUAAAGCUAGAGCAAGAACUAAAUUAGUCCAAAGAUCACGAUAGUCUAUCAAUGCGAAGUGUCUUAAGUGCUCUUAGAUUUUGCUUUAAUAUAUAUUUUUAAUAUUUAAAAUGGUUCCACUUUGCAUUUCGUCUAGUAUUUCUACAGAGAAUAAUAUUCCGAAUAGUUCAUUUGGUGGAACUGCCAGUAGUUUAAAAUAGUUCCACUUUGCAUUUCCUCUAGUAGUUCUACAUGGAAUAAUAUUUCAAAUUAGUGGAAUUGGUCAUUGACGCCAAUGGUAAGCUAUACAAAUUCGCGAUAAAAGUUACAAAAUAUUUAAAAAAAAUCAUGCAGUGUCUCCUAGAUACGUAAUCUAUAUAUUUUAUAGAACACAAGAAGCUCGAAAUGUUAGCGCCGGAAGUUAAUUGUUAUUUAGUGAAAGAACUGGUUAUUCCCUAGGCUGUUAUUUGUAUUGGAAUAUUUGUAUUUUGAAACAACAGGGUGUAAACAAGAGAGAGUUAAAUUUAAACUCGAAUAAUCAAGAUCGAUAAAAAAAGCGAUGCUAUUACAGUACUUCGUUAGAAUCUGUUUAAAUGUUUUUACAAAAUACAAAUUACACCAAAAUAAUGAUGUAAUAAUUGUAAUAUAUAUGUUUAACAAUAUGAAAUUCUACUCAACAGUUUGUGGACUACAUCUUGUAUGACGAUAUAGCCUGCAUUUUCCACACAUUAGACAAGCUUUACUGCAUUUAAAAAUAUAAUUUUUUAUAUAAAAAACAUGUGCUCCCCAGACUGUUGUCGUUUUGGUGAUUUUCGCUGGAUAAAAAAGCAUUUCUAUGCAUAUAUUUUUUUAAAUCGCGAGUUUUGAUCCCCAUACGAGUGAUUUAGGUAUGUUACCACUUGUACUACUGAGGUGUACUCAGGGAAAUAUUUUUAAUAAUCUAGUGGUGCUGAUCAGUAGUACCAGAGGGAAUUUAAUAAAAUUUUCCGCCUUGAACGUUAUUUUAACCGUGUUCGAAACAAGUGAAGUAGCUUUAAUAUUGCAAUAUGUGCAUAGAAAUUGCCUGUAUUUGUAGUAAUAUUUGACUUUUCUCACGGCGCGUGUCCUUUUCUAACUAAUACAGAAAAAACUGGCACAUUAUUACUUAUUUAUCCUGUGUUAGACAGCAUUUGUCGAUUCUCCUUAUAAAAACACGCAUUUAGUACAAAGCGUGCUCACAAGUUCGCCUGUGCCUUUAAAGUGCGUAAACCUCGCACGCAUCAUAUAGCUUUCAUAUACAAACAUCACAUAAAUUACUUGUUAUCGAUGAUAUGGGCCAAUAUAUAUCCAUAAAUAUACUCCCGGACACAUAUUUCGAGCCACUUUGCAUUGUCAAGUAUUAAAUGUCCUUGGCUUAAAUAAUGUUUGAUUGGUCAAUAACUAAUAUUUUUGAAACUGGUGUUUUAAACGUCAUUUUCAAAAGGUUUUGGUGAAAAUUUGAAUUUUCGAAAUCGGGAAAAACUCUCUUCAAUGAUAAUAAAACAAAUU